ACGCUCAUCAGCUCGGACGGCGAGCACUUCGCGGUGCCGGAGACGGCGGCGAACCUGUCGGAGACCAUCCACCACAUGAUCGAGGACGGCUGCACCGACGGCGGCGUCCCGCUCCCCAAAAUCGCCGGCGGGGUCCUCGCCAAGGUCCUCGAGUACUGCAACAAGCAUACCGCCGCGUCGGACAAGGAGGAGGUGGAGAGGUUCGACAAGGCAUUCAUCGAGGCGGUCGACCAGGGCAUGCUGUUAGACAUGGUGCUGGCCGCCAACUACCUCAACGUCAAGGGGUUGCUGGACCUCACCUGCCAGACGAUUGCUGACAUGAUCCAGAACAAGUCGGUGGAGGAGAUCAGGCGGAUUUUCGGUCCCUCAAAGAACGACUUGACACCGGAGGAGGAGGCGGAGAUCCGCAGGGAGAAUCAGUGGGCCUUCGACGAUUAA